CCACAGUCCAGCCUUGGCCUUGGCCCGCCCAAUCUGCACUCUGUUGUCUCUCCCCCAAUUCCUCCGUCCCCCAGCCGAAACCCCUUCGCCGGCGGCGUCUCCUCCCGCCGAAGCACACGCGUAGCCUUCCUCCAAGUCCUCCUCCACCGGAGUACCGAACCGGCGUGGAGACGAGGACCAACCUAUGCAGUCUGCUCCUUCGACGAGGGCGGGGAGCCGCCUCUGCGUGCGCUGCGGCGAGCGGAAGGCCGCGCUCAAGCGGCCCAAAACCCUAGAGCAGAUAUGCAGGGAAUGCUUCUAUGUCGUCUUCGAGGACGAGAUUCAUCGAACUAUUGUUGACAAUUGUUUGUUUAAACCCGGUGAACGUGUGGCAAUUGGAGCUUCUGGUGGAAAAGAUUCAACUGUGCUUGCCUACGUGUUAUCAGAGUUAAAUAAUCGUCACAAAUAUGGCCUCGAUUUGUUCCUUUUAUCUAUUGAUGAAGGAAUCACAGGCUACAGAGAUGACUCCCUAGAAACUGUUAAAAGGAAUGAAAUACAGUAUGGCCUACCACUGAAAAUUGUUUCCUAUAAGGACCUCUAUGACUGGACAAUGGAUGAUAUUGUGAAAGCAAUUGGCCUGAAAAACAAUUGUACUUUUUGUGGUGUUUUUCGACGUCAGGCACUGGACAGAGGUGCUGCUCUUUUGAAGGUUGAUAAGAUUGUAACUGGGCAUAAUGCAGAUGACAUUGCCGAGACUGUCUUGCUGAAUAUUUUACGUGGUGAUAUUGCAAGGUUAAGUAGAUGCACCUUCAUAACUACUGGUGAAGAUGGGCCAAUCCCAAGAUGCAAGCCUUUCAAAUACACCUACGAGAAGGAGAUUGUUAUGUACGCGUAUUUCAAAAAGCUGGACUACUUCUCCACUGAAUGUAUCUAUUCACCAAAUGCAUAUCGUGGAUUUGCUCGUGAAUUCAUUAAAGAUUUGGAAAGGAUGAGGCCUAGAGCUAUACUGGACAUCAUAACAUCCGGCGAGAAUUUCCGGAUAUCCACAACAACAAAAAUGCCAGAGCAAGGAACAUGUGAACGUUGUGGUUACAUUUCUAGUCAGAAAUUAUGCAAAGCUUGCGUCUUGCUGGAUGGAUUGAAUCGUGGCUUGCCGAAACUAGGCAUAGGGAGGACUACUAAAGGUGGUGCUGGGGCUGAUGGUAAUGGUGAGCGUCCAGGCAAACAAAAGGAGAGGAAUAGGUCUAGUCUACAAGGAAAACAUGGCAACUUCGACUUCUGAUUUCAACUGUAUUUUGUUGGUUCACCAUGAUGUAUAAUCUACUCUAUUUUAUCUGUGACCGUCGUGGGUUAAAAAGCACCUGACAGACACGAGGACUGAAAUAAGAGAAAAUACAUACUACUGUGCAGCCGUUAGUAUUUAUUAGGCGGUUGAAUACAGCAGCUGUAAACUCCUAAGUCUAAGGUCACCUUGGCACAUUCUUACUCCCUCCGUUCCUUAAAAAAA